AUGAGCGGGGUCUUUGAGACCAUCGACGUGGGCCCGGCUGCCAUUCUGUGGCUCUCCGCCUGGUACCUUUGCAGCCUUGUGACACUCUUCAUGAACAAAAUCAUCCUCUCCCACGAAGAGGGGGACAAGUAUAUCCUGGGCAUCACGCAGAUGAUCAUGACGGCAACGCUCGGGGCCAUCAAGGUCUACGGUCCUGGUCUGUGGCGCCGCGCCGUGGGCGGCCGGACGCGACCCUACGAGCCCCUCGGCUCGGACAAGCAAUAUACCAGCUUUUGGCGCGACAUGAUUCUGGUUGGCAUCAUGCGUGGUGCCACCGUCAUUUGCGGGCUCGUGUCGCUGUCCCACGUCGCCGUCUCCUUCACCGAGACGAUCAAGAGCUCCGCGCCCUUCUUCACCGUCAUCUUUGCCAAGGUCAUUCUUGGCCAACACACGUCAUGGCAGGUCAAUCUCUCGUUGCUCCCCGUUAUGAUCGGGCUAGCCCUUUGCAGUUUUUCCGAGCUCUCGUUUGAUACCAUUGGGUUCUUGGCCGCCAUCUUGAACAACAUCAUCGACUGCGUGCAAAACGUCUUUAGCAAAAAGCUUUUACAGCACCUCUCUCCCGUUGACCUGCAGUUUUACACGUCUGCAGCAGCAGCAUUGAUUCAGCUCCCGGGCUUCUUUUACGUGCUUUGGCCGCAGUUGAACGGCUCGGUGACCAUUUCCUCCAAGCUUUGGAUGAUGAUCCUGAUCGAUGCCGUGUUUUACCAUCUGCAAAGCGUUACGGCGUACUUUACCAUGCACCACCUCAUGCCCGUAUCCCAAAGCGUUGCCAAUACGGUCAAGCGGGCCAUGCUCAUCUGGCUUUCCAUUCUCUAUUUUGGCAAUCCUAUCACGGUGGCCAGCGCCAUUGGCAUGGCCACUGUCAUUCUCGGCGUCUUUGCUUACAACCAUUGCCGCUUGCGCUAUCCGGCCACGCUCGGUGCCGUGGCCGUGCGACGAUCCGUUCGCGUAUGA